AUGGCAGGUCUGCGCAUGAGCAUCGUCGUCAGCACGACGGCCUUCCUCCUCGGCCUGCUCUUCACCCACUGGAUCGCGGACUCGCUCUCGCUAUGGAAGACGCCCGAAACGCAGACGGACGCGAGCCUGUGGACCGCCGCGACGUACUACUCUAUCCUCUCGCGCAUGCCCCCGACGCUCGCAUACGUAUAUGCGGCGAUAACCGUACUGGGCGGCGCGACGCUCUUGUGGAGUCUGCGCGAUGGGAGCGCUGGCAACCUGAUGUUUGACGGGGGCAGCAUCUUCCUGUAUGCCACUACGGUAUACGUGUACAUUAGCUCUGUACUUCCAAAUUUUUUCGCGAACUUCACGUCGCUGUCCCUCCCUCCUCUCGCUACGUCGUCCUCGAUCCUACCAUUCCCGUCGGCGCUCCGCACGCCGACGCUGGAGCUCGCAUCCUCACACCUCGUGUGCAGCGUCACGCUCACCGGCGUGAUUAUCCUGCAGGCGGGGCGGUGGUGGGCGGAGCAGUCCGAUGACGAUGCCCAGGAGGACCUGAUGGGCGAGGGCGAUGAGGAGGCGGAGGAGAAGAGGUUGCGAAGCCGCAGUCGCAGUCGCAGGCGAGAAAAAGGGAAGGCGGAGUCUAAGAAGACGAAGUGA